AUGGAUGUGAAAGUUGGACGGUAUUUGUCAAGCAUGUCACUGGAAGGAGGACUGUUCACCUGUGAUGAUCAUAAAUACUGGAGGCUGGUUUUGAACGCUUACUGGGAAGUGCUGGCGGCCAAAGGAAAGAAGCAGAAGGAACUUGUCACCUUAGAUAAAUGGUAUCAAGAGGAGCUGCCAGCCGCCAUUGCAGAACGGAAGGAAAGAUACUUGACCCGAGAGGACUUGGUCAAGCUGAUGGCCUGGAAGCUUUCUAGAGGCAAGUUUCGUCCUCGCCUGCAGCAGCUGGUGGCCACCAACUCCAGCGAGGCAGUGGAGAGCUGUACUGGGAAGGCCUUCGGGCUCCUCCCGGACGUAGCAGCUGCCAUAACUGAGCUCAGCAGGCUGAAGGCCGUGGGGCCAGCUACGGCAUCAGCAAUUUUGGCUGCAGGAGCUCCGGAGGCUGCAGCAGUUAUGACCGACGAGGCAAUGGAGUCCAUCCCGGGCCUCGGGCCUAUUCAGUACACACUCAAGCACUAUAUGAUCUACCUGAGCAAGAUCCAAAGCUGCGUUGAGAAGCUCAACAAAACAAUUUUGGCUGCAGGAGCUCCGGAGGCUGCAGCAGUUAUGACCGACGAGGCAAUGGAGUCCAUCCCGGGCCUCGGGCCUAUUCAGUACACACUCAAGCACUAUAUGAUCUACCUGAGCAAGAUCCAAAGCUGCGUUGAGAAGCUCAACAAAACAGAUGCAGAGAAAACGUGGAUGCCCCACCUCGUGGAAAAGUGCCUCUGGGCUUGGGCCGUAGCCAAAAAACUACAGCUGCCAUUGUUCGAGACACUUGGUGCAGAGAGGGAGGAAGCCGGGUGCAACGCAGAAGCAGGCGAGGAGCCCUCAAAGAAACGGAAGAGGAAGUGAACAACACUUUGGGUGCCGUGAAUGUUGUUUGUUUGUUUUUAAUUGCUCAGUUAUGCUGAGAAAAACAGCAGCAUCCCUAGUUCAAGAGUCAUGGCUUUGUAAGCGGCAUUUGCAUGACUGAUGGUUCCAGAACAGCAUAGGCCACCUGUGCCACCGAGGAUGCUAAGGCUGCAGUGCAGAAUGAAUGGAGCAGGGCAGGGCAGGAACGCAA